AUCGCAAUGCACUUCGAGGAAGGUGGCGUUUCACGCGACACAGGUAUAUCGAUUGUGUGUGUGGGGUGGCCGGCAUGAGUGAAGGCCGACGAAUGGGACACAAUUUUCGUAACGGCUCUUUGCGAAACUGAAAACUGUCCGGAUAGACUGAACGAUGAGAAUGAACGUGAGAUGAUGCCAGGCACAUCUCGCCAAGUGGGGACUUCUAACGGUGGCCCUGAGUGGGACACAUUGAUGGAGGUUCAUCAUGAACCGAUUGAGAAACAUUUUAAAUUAUUGGAAGAAAUUGGCAAAGGACAAUUUGCUAUAGUACGAAAAUGUAUGGAAAUAAAGACUGGAGACUUAUAUGCUGCCAAAAUUAUGAGAAAAAGAAGAGUUGCCAGAGGUGUAGCAGCAGCAGACAUUGCUCGUGAAGCAGGCUUAUUAGCUCGUUUAAGGCAUCCAAAUAUUGUUUCGUUACAUAAAGUUGUAGACACAGGCACAACUGUUGUGUUACUUUUAGAAUUAAUUUCUGGAGGAGAACUCUUUCACUGGGUACCUUCUGGUGAAUUAGAAGCUGCUCAUGUGGUUCGUCAAGUUUUAAUGGCACUUAGUCAUUUACAUUCUCAUCAAGUUGCUCAUUUAGAUAUCAAACCUGAAAAUAUUCUUUUAUCGACUCCUCCGCCAAUGCCAAGUAUAAAGUUAAUAGAUUUAGGUCUUUCACACCGACUAGUACCUGGGUCAGAACACAGAGCAUUAUUCGGAACACCUGAGUUUGUUGCUCCUGAAAUUGUAAAUUACGAACCACUCAGUUUAGGGACUGAUCUUUGGGCAGUUGGUGUUUUAACAUACAUUCUUUUAAGUGGUGCAUCACCAUUCUUAGGUGAAGAUAAGCAAGAAACUUAUGCGAACGUUGCUGCUUGUCAAUAUCAAUUUGAUAACGAGUAUUUCAGUACUGUGUCAGAAAUUGCCAAAGAUUUCAUACGAUCCUUGUUGAUCAAGAAUCCAAAAGAAAGAGGAACUUCAGAAUCGUGCCUUAAACAUCCUUGGAUCCUCACGGAGUUGGAAGCCUCUCAAGGUCUUGGUGGAGCUAUGAUUAGUGCUGUUAAAAGAGGCUGUGUUGAGGCUGUGUCUCAGUUAUUACUACAAGGAGCACCAUUGAACGUAAAAGAUUCUAAAGAAGAUACGCUUUUGCACUUAGCAUGCGAAGCAGGAGACGAGGGAAUGGUAACUUUUUUGAUAGAGAAUGGAAUAGAUCUGGAUACACCUAAUAAGAAUGGCUUAACGCCAUUACAUGUGGCUGCUAGGCAUGGUUUCAUUAAUCUUGUUAGACAUUUGUGCCUUGCUGGUUGUGAUGUUGACAAAGCAAAUCGUGGAAUUAGAGCGGAUGUGACAGCAAUUAAGUACGGAUAUCCGGAUAUUGCAUCGUUAUUGGAUAAGCUACGAAAUCCCAUACAACGCGAAAAUUACAUUAAACAAUUGCAACCAACGCAUAGACCGAUAGAUCGUCUACAUAUAAGACUUUUAGGACAUUGCACAUCAGGAAAAUCAUCUUUAAUAAAUUCUUUAAAAUCUGGUAUUUUUAGUUUUGGAUUUUUUAGAAGGUCAAGAAGUCAAAAUUAUACAGCAAAGAGGGAGCCAAGUAUUGAAUUAGAUGUAACUAGCAAGCAUGGUUCACUUAGUUUUGAAUAUAGUGAUAGCGAAUAUGAAGGUACACAAGGAGUAGAAUGGAGUCGGGGUAAUGUAGGCGGAGAAUGUGUUUUCUGGGAAUUAUGUGGACGCGAGGAAUUUUUAGCAUCUUAUCAUUACGCACUUACUUUUCAACAACCUGCGGUACACCUUAUAACAGUCAGUCUUCGAGAACCUCUCACUGUACAGCUUCAGCAAGUCAAAUUUUGGCUACGAUUUAUUUCAGAUCGUAUCGCAUCAAUUAAUUUUGGUUUUGGUGGCAAAUACAGUGAUGUAAAAGUAAUCUUAGUUGGGACUUAUGCACCAGAACCUCUUGCUCCAAAUUCGAAUAUUGGUAGUCUUCUUGCACCACUUUUACCUUUUUUAAAAGAGUUCACACCAAUUUUGGGAGAUGAACCUCAAUUGGUCGCAGUGGAUGCAACUAAUCCUUCUAGUCCUGGUCUGAAACUUCUAAGAUCAUAUUUGAAUAAUGCAAGGAUGGACUUUCUAGAGGAAGGACCGGAAGUUGCAGAAAGUAUUCUCCGACGUGACGCGCCGCGGGCUGCGGCCACGUACGUGCCCUUGACGAAUCUUGAUAAACAGAGCGCACUAGUGUGGACCGGUCUUGCCGAAUCUUGGAGAACGUAUGUGCAAACAUUAGAGGUACCUCCAGUAAUGCUUACGCAGGAGGAAUUUUUGAGGGAAGUGAGAAAAAUUAAUCCAUUAGCCUGUUUAGAACAUUGUAGACAUCUCGGAUUACAAUUACAGAAUUUAGGAGAGUGCAUGUUACUUCCUGGGAACUUGGUAGUUCUGAGUCUAGAGUGGUUUUGGCAGGACGUAGUAAAUUGGCAGUUAAGUCCGGAACAAAGAGGUCGUCUUGGUGGACGUACCACAGGAGUUUACGCUUUGGAAGAUUUUCAGGCUCGUUGUCCUUGUCCUGCAGGUCAAGCUUUGCAAGCUCUGCAAGCUGUAAACUUAUGUGUUCUAUGCGAAGUAGACGAUGACGAGGUGGAGUACGAAAUACCUUGCUUGAACCUUGUUGAACGUUUACCGGGAUUAUGGGAACCAUGGAAAUCGUGUUCCAAUAUCCUGCCUCAUACGGGUCUUCGUCUUGCUCCAGCAGAGGCACCUUUGUACCAUCUGAUUGCAGUAUUUCCACAUUUGCAAGCACAAUUGAGAAAAAUCACACAAACGUGGGAUCCAUCGAAUUCAGACUUAUAUCAAUGGUGGCGAGGAUCAAAAUUAUGCAUUGGACCGUGCGAAAGUAUAAUAACGUUCGAAGAAGAUGACCAAAGUUGUAUAGAGAUAAGAGUACGCGGACCGCGAGGUACCAGUGCACAAUGUUUCGCACUUCUGAGCAUUAUUCUCGAUGCUGUUGAAACAACUAUCGAAUUAGUUGCUCCUGGGAUGUUGCUCGAAAGGCAUUGGUUAAGUCCUAAUCAACUUCGCGAAUAUGACGACGUUGUACAUUCUUGGGAGCCAGCGCCGAUUAUAUCAGCUUUAAUAGAUAAAAGUCUCGACGAAGCGAGUCUUAAAAAUCCGUUGAACGGCCAAGAAGAAACUGUAUGGGAUAUAGUGGGUUGUGGAUUACCUUUAAUGGAAAAUUGUCUUCCUGGACCAAAACAACCGGUAAAGCACAUUAGACCUGCUGUACAAAGAAGACUAGCACAGAUGCUUGAUCCUCCUGAUCGUCAUGGGAGAGAUUGGUGUUUACUUGCUGUGAGACUCGGACUGGGAGAUCGGGUCGCACAGCUAGACAGUACAGUGGACAGUCCAACGUUGAGAUUACUUAAUACCGCGGGCGCUGAUUGUGCCGUGGGUUCUCUAAUACAACAAUUGCGAGCUCUUGAUAGAGAGGAUGCUGUACACUUGUUGCUCUCUUAUACACCGACAUAUAUAUUAUCAACGACUAUUGACUCUGAAACGGGAUCUAAUCUUUCUAGAUGACAAUGCUGCGUUUAUCAAUGGUGCAUUAAUACUUUCUAAAAGGUGGAUUUCCGAAGGAAUCUUUUGUCCAUGUCGUGGGUUUGAUAGACUUUAUUACAUCACCGCUUCCGCCCAACGUAAAUUUUACAUUGCUCUUUAAUCUAAGUACGUACAUUGUAGUACAUUGUCUGUGUACUUUUUUAGAAGUAUGUCAAAAUGCACAUGCACCGAUGUGUACUUUUAUAUCAAACUUAUUAACAAGCACCUUAAGCGGCACAAAAUUCAUUUUUAUAUAUAUACAUAUACGUAUAUAAAAAAAAAAGAACCUGCAUAAUUUCCGUUAAUUUGUGUAUUUUCUCUUUACGAGCUCUUAUAACAUAAAAUAUCAUAA